AUGGCCGACUUCACUUCAGGAACUGAAAUCGAUAUCACUAAGUACCAACACAGUUCAAGUCGAAAGGUUCUUAUUGGGCUCAUCACAGUUUCGUCUGUGAUGGCAAUCAUCAUAGUGUCCAUCAUGUGUUUGUGGAUAUGCCAAAGAAAGAAUAUACACAAAUCUGGGAAAAUCGGUACCACAAAAUUAGAUUCUUUGAGAGGGCUUCCAUUGAGUUCAUUUGUUAGAAGAACUAAUGGUGUUUUCAAAACCAAAAUCGAAAAGGGAUCAGUGGUUGUUAUGGAUUAUAACGUGUUAGAAUCAACAACAAAUAACUUCGGUGAAAGCGAGAUAUUAGGCGUAGGUGGAUUUGGAUGCGUGUAUAAAGCUCGACUUGAUGAUAAUUUACAUGUAGCAGUUAAAGGAUUAGAUGGUAUUAGUCAAGACGCCAUUAAAGAAUUCCAGGAAUCAGAAUUGAUUUUCGAUUUGAAUUGUCAAACCAUAGAAAGUCAAAACUGGGAUCGCCAUCUUAAUCGGAUUCAUGCUAAGGGUAUUUUGGGUAAGAUUCCUGGUACGUCCCCUGUUCAUGAAGCAUCUCAUGUUACAAUUCUUAUUCCUAUGAAGAUUUUGAAGCAUUCUGGUAGUGGUAAUGAUGAAGUAAUGAAUGAGGGUUUAAAUGAUGAUGUGAAGAUGGGAUCAGAUACUGGGACUGAUUUGAAAAUGAACCAGGGAGUUAGUUUUUCGGAUCUUAAAUGGGAUAAUGAGCCGAUGAUUGUUGAUAAUGAUUCCAAAUAA